AUGAACACAACACUAAUCCUCCUAUGUUGUGCUCCAGCUGGCGGCGGGGCCUACUAUUUUGCCAAACAAUCCAUCAAUGCCGACCGUGCAGCCCGUUUUGAAGCCGAGUCCAAGCGCAAGGCAGAAUUGAAGAACAUGGAAGUCGAGCACCGACGACAGGCUGUCCUGGCGGGACCUACCCCGAACCCGAACGACGACGCCAGCCUGAAGCGUGCCAACAUGACCCGCUUCCAGAACGCAGCAGACGAUGUCGCGUCCCCUAGUGCAGAGGCUUCACACGACCCAGCCCCGACUCGGCACGAACCAAUGACCGAAAAUGACCGGGUGCUGGAGAAAGGGAAAUAUGAGGCCGCAGAGCCGUUCCGGCCGCCGCGGGGGAACCGGUUCAGCUAA